AUGGGCAGUCCGGUGGAUCCAGUGGUGGCUAACAUUUGGAUGGAACACUUUGAGCACCUAGCCCUUUCUGCGCCCCCAGUUCCCGUUAAAAUUUGGAAGAGGUACGUGGAUGAUGUGUUCUGCAUAAUUAAGGGUGGUAAACAGGAAGCUGAACUGAUGCUAGGACACCUUAAUAGCAUGCACCGAUCCAUGUCGUUUACAUUGGAAAUGGAACAAGAAAGGAGUAUUGCGUUUCUGGAUGUGAGACUGAAUGUUACAGGUUGUGGCAUGCUGGGACACUCUUUCUAUAGGAAACCGACUCACACGGACCGCUAUUUACACGCGAGCUCGCACCAUCAUCCCAGACAGUUAAACUCGGUUGUGGCAUCACUGACUAAUCGAGCACACGCUCUGUGUGACUCGCUACAUCUAAACCAGGAGCUGAACCAUGUUCAGAGUGUCCUGAGGAUGAAUGGCUACAGAGUUAACAUUGACAAGCGGGACACAAAAAACCAAGCGCCUCACUCAUCGCGUUGA